AUGUCCUCGCCACCAAUGGAUUUUCCGAGCUCGGAGCUCGGUGAUACCGAGACGCAAGAAGUUUCUGCAAGUGACGAUAACCCCCUUUUCCUGGGCACGCCGUCUGCAACACCAUUGCAUAACGUUGCUGCUCGACGCGCUCUUGGUCUUAGCACACCCCAGUCAGACCCAUUGCAUUUUCCUUCUAGCGCACUCUCUACUCCUGCUGCUGACGCCACAGGAGCGCCAAAGGAUCGUCGAGGAGACAUCCAUUCUUCUCUUCGCGUAACGCCCACACCCAGUACCAGACCCACUGCCCAGAGCACAAAAAACGCCAAUAGAGACAUCGCAGGGCUCUUCAUUCCUCCGUCAUCAACAGGACAAAUAUCCGCUCAACAGCUUUCCGCAGCUAUUCCUUCUUCAGAGCCAGAUGAAAUACGCGCAAUCUGGGGAACGAAUGUAAACCUUGCACAGACAAUGCGAACUUUCCGUGAGUUCCUUCAUGGUUUCAAACCGAAAUAUCGCAUCGCUUUCAACCGAGAGAGCGGUUUGACAACAUACCCGUUGUCUUCACCUGAGGAAGGAGAGCAUCUUUUGUACGAAACAUAUUUGCGUCGUAUGCGCCAAACAGGUCAAACGAAUUUGAACGUCGAUGUGAUUAAUAUUCUAUCAUACCCUCCAAGCAAGAAGCUCCAUAGCCAGUUGAUAAAAUAUCCUCAAGAAGUGAUUCCUGCUAUGGAUCAGGUGCUGAAGGAUGUGAUGAUUGAACUGGCCGACGAGGAUGCCACAAAAGGAGUGGAAGGUAUGCAGGGUAAAGAAGGAGAGGAAGAAAUGUCGGAUAUCUUGAGCAAAGUCUACAAAGUCAGACCAUUUGGUGAGAAGCCUGGAAAUAUGAGGGAACUUAACCCGAGUGAUACCGAUAAACUUGUAUGCAUCAAGGGUCUUGUCAUACGAGCAACACCCAUUAUCCCGGACAUGAAAGUUGCUUUUUUUAGAUGUCUCACCUGCUUGCACACGGUACAGGUAGAAAUUGACCGUGGACGAAUUGAUGAGCCCAGCCGCUGCCCACGUGAUGUCUGCGCAAUGCCCGGCUCGAUGACCCUGGUCCAUAACCGUUGUGAAUUUGCAGACCGACAAGUGCUACGCCUUCAAGAGACCCCGGAUGCAGUUCCAGAUGGCCAGACUCCGCAGACUGUCUCGCUCUGCGUAUACGACGAGCUUGUCGACGUCGCGAAACCUGGAGACCGUCUCAUUAUUACUGGAAUCUUCCGCAGUGUCCCAGUACGCGUGAAUCCUCGACAGCGCACGCUCAAAAGUCUGUUCAAAACUUUCCUUGACGUUGUGCACGUACGUCGUGGGGGUGGGGGCCGGCUCGGGUUUGAUAAAUCUACUCGACCAGGUGCUGCUGACCGCCUACCUGGUAUUGGUUCUGCAGGUGUUGGCGGAGGUGAUGACGAGGAUGAAGAGGAUGCCUACACUCGGGCAAGCACAGCUGAACCAGGCCAGAAAUCGAGGAAGGAGGAGUUGGAGGCAAUGCUUGUCGGGCUCAGCAAGAGACCGGAUAUCUACAAUUUACUUGCACGGUCACUUGCACCUUCAAUUUGGGAAAUGGAUGACGUGAAGAAAGGGAUUCUACUUCAGCUCUUUGGUGGUACGAAUAAGAGUGUUGCUCGAGGAGGCGGAGGAGGCGGCCCGAGAUACCGAGGAGAUAUCAAUGUCUUACUUGUUGGCGAUCCUGGCGCAGGUAAAUCUCAGAUCUUGCAGUAUGUACACAAAAUUGCUCCAAGAGGUGUUUAUACAUCAGGGAAGGGAUCAUCUGCAGUCGGUCUAACGGCAUAUGUUACUCGUGAUCCCGACUCCAAGCAACUCGUCCUGGAAAGUGGGGCCCUUGUUCUGAGUGACGGCGGGGUCUGCUGCAUUGAUGAAUUCGAUAAAAUGUCUGACUCUACUCGCAGUGUUCUCCAUGAAGUAAUGGAGCAACAAACAGUGUCAAUCGCAAAGGCUGGUAUUAUUACAACAUUGAAUGCAAGAACGUCCAUCCUAGCGGCCGCAAAUCCGGUUGGCUCGAAAUAUGUCCAGGAAUGGCCUAUUACACGAAAUAUUGACCUGCCACCUACACUUAUUUCACGUUUUGACCUCCUGUAUCUUGUUCUCGACAACACUGACGAAGUUGCGGAUCGGCGACUCGCUCAACAUCUUGUCGGGUUAUACCUUGAAGAUGCACCAGAGACAGGUGGAAAUGAUACUCUGCCUCUUGAUGAACUCUCCGCAUACAUUACAUAUGCACGCUCUCAUGUUUAUCCCGUCAUCACUGAGGAAGCCUCCAAAGAGCUCGUGCGUGCGUACGUUGAGCUACGGAACAUGGGUCACGACCCGCGCACAUCCGAACGACGCAUUACGGCGACUACGCGUCAGCUUGAAAGCAUGAUCCGGCUUUCCGAGGCUCAUGCACGAAGCCGCUUGUCCGGUUUCGUCGAGCUCGGCGAUGUCCAAGAAGCGUGUCGCUUGAUGCGCGAUGCGAUCCGCACAAGCGCGACAGACCCGCGUACGGGUCAGAUCGACAUGGAUUUGAUCAAUACGGGCACAAGUCUGCAGCAGAGGAAGAUGCGUCGAGAUUUGCGUCGUGAGAUCUUGAGUUUACUUGAGGGCAACUCUGGGUUGCGUGGUAUUCGUUGGCUGGACCUCGUGAAGCAACUAGGAGGUCAGAGUAGCAUUGCAAUUGACGUAAAUGAAUUUGCAGAGACGAUUAAAGGUCUUGAGACUGAGGGCAUUGUGAAGGUCGUGGGAGAACGAGAGAGACGCACAAUCAAGAAGGUGGAAGGGGCUUGA